AACUGACUCUCACACACACAUAUAUAUACAGUAUAUACAGAAAAAAAAUAUAUAUAUAGACAUAUAGACACAUAGUAGACGGAUAUAUGAAGAUUUUUAAAUGUGUGUAUGAAAAUAUGAGGAUAUUUUUACUACGUCAUAUUUCAAUUCAUCAACGGUAAUUAUGAUGUUGUACUUUAGGGGGAACUGUAACCGCGACAUAAAGAUUACAUUUAAUCGUUGGCUCACACAGUAGCUGCAGCCUGUUAUUGUUGACACGAAUUUGAAGAAAAAAACCCAUUAUAAAAUAUAUAAUAAAGCGUUGGAGAGGCACCGGGCCCAGGUUCCGCCACUUCCUACGGUUAGUGUGUGUUUUUUGAAAGGACCGGUUGGAUCCUCUCGCUCCGCUCCCGACCAAUCGGAAGUGAGUAUUUUUCGCGCUGGUCGGCCGCAGAGUUUGAGUUUCCCGCAAGCCUCCGAUGAUUCGACCUGAAUGAAAGGCUCCGUUCCACGGGAUGACUCCGGACCGUUCCCCCCGUUAACCGCCGACCGGAGACUGAAGCAGCCCAGCGAGCCUGGAGAGGGGGGGGGGGGGGGUUCGAGGUGGCAUGGACACUAAAGGUAGCUCUCUGCCUUCCAUGCCCGAGCCAGCCAACCCUGUCAGCAUGAAGCAGCCGCCAGAGUCCCUCAGCGUGCGGAAAGGUCGGGGGGACAUGAGCAGCGACCCUGCCCUGCUCAUGGACAAAGCUGCCGCCCAGCUGGCCGCCACACUACAAGACGGCGUCCUCCAGAAGAUGGCCGGCCACGGCCACAACAACAACAACCACCACGAGAGGCUCAAAGACCUCACCUCCCGCGUGCUGAACGGCGACCAGGACGCGCUGCCCAAGCUCUGCGCUCCAGAACCGCCGAUGCUCAAGGGCGCAGAGGCCCCCGCCACCAACGGCACCCACCAGCACAACUGCACUCCUCACACGGAGCCCGAACUGAAGGCGACGAUACCCCAGGUGGUCAGGCAGCAGCCGCUGUUUGAGCCGUGCGGCGCCAAUGGGACCAGUCUGGCCACGGCCACUGAAGGUACUAUAUCUGGACCCGAGCAGAGGCAGGAGGCGAAGAAGCGGAGAGGGAGGCCCCACAAGCCAAAACCCCAACCGAACCUCGGUUCCCCCUUCGUCGCUCUGGAGCAAGUUGACUUCACAGACGUCGCAGAUGGAGCCGGAGCAGCGGACGAGCUUGAUCUCAUCCCCGAGUUAACGGAGGAGGCGGCGACGGAAGCGUCUCCUUUCCUGAUCCGCUUCUCCGUCGGCGACUUGGUUUGGACGAAGGUGUCGGGAUACCCCUGGUGGCCCUGCAUGGUGACCACAGACCCGGAGUUCAGCAAUCACUUCAAACAGAAACAGAAAGCCACCAGCAGGUCAGGCCUCCUUUACCACGUGCAGUAUUUCGGCGACGCCCCGGAGAGAGGCUACAUCUUUGAGAAGAACAUGGUGUCCUUCACGGGGGAGGAUCAAUACAAGGAGCUAAGCCAGGGCAACAAACAGGCCGCUGCAGUCGCCUGCGUCAUCCACAAGAAGGCGGCUCCGUCUGUUCCCCGGAAGCUCCAGGCCCAGUGGAACAUGGGCGUCAUCCAGGCCAAGGAGGCCCUCGGCAUGGCGCUGGACGAGCGCAUGGUGAACUUCACGUUUCUGUACGACGACGACGGGCCUCAUCUGAACCCCCUCAUCAUGGAGAAGCUGAAGCCAGAACAGAGCGACGAGACGAACCCGGCAAUGGAGUCGCGGCUCAGCCCGGAUCCCCCCUCCCUGAUGGUAGGGGGUUAUAAGAUGGAUCCCGUCACUCCUGAACCAGCUAAUCAGGCCGAGUCGCUCGUACCUCAGAAGAAACGGAGAAAGCCCAACAACCAGACUCCAUCUCCCACCAAGACGGUGAGGAGGAGGAAACCCCCCGCUGACCCCGUGAAGAAACGGAAAUCAAAGCUGGCCGCUUCACCGGAGGGCGUUUCCGAACUGGUUUCACUUCCAGUCUCAGUUCCAGAUGACAAAGUGAAGAAAAGGCGGAAGAGGGAGACUCCCGCCGAGCAAAGGACAGAUUCUUCAGUGAAGAGAGAAAGAAAGAAGCCGAUUAAACGGCAGCGAGCGGACGCAGCGGCAGACAAGGAGCCGCAGCCAAAGAAGAGACGCAGAGUCAGUAAAGACGCUGAGAAACCGGCGUCGACUCCCGAGGGAACGGAUGUGAAGAAGCGAAGACGGUUGAAGAAAACCGACACGGACGUGAAAGAAACCAAGAGACGACAGAAAAAGUCAAAACCGCCUGUGUCUGACGAUCCAGACGCUGAGAAACCAAAGCGCAGGAGGAGAAGGAAACAGGAUGGAGAGAACCAGGCCACGCCGGCCAAGGCGAAGAAGAGGAGGUCGUCCCCGUGUCCUGACCCGGAGGGCUCCGGGAGCGAAGGACGUCCCGAUUCUCCGAGCGACAGCUUAGACGGCACUAAGAAAGGCGAACGGAAGAAAGAGUUUGUCUGCCAGACGUGUGAGCAGGCUGGUGAGGACCUGGUUCCCUGUGAAGGUCAAUGCUGUGGCAUGUUUCACCUCCACUGUCUAGGUCUGUCGCUCAAACCCGACGACAAGCUGCUUUGUCAACAGUGCAGCUCAGGAGUUCACUCGUGUUUCACCUGUAAGCAGUCGGAAGGGAAGGUGCGUCGCUGCCACGUCCCGCACUGCGGCAAGUUCUACCACGAGGAGUGCGUCGGCCUCAACCCCCUCACCCUGUUCGACAACAAGGGCUUCCGCUGCCCACUGCACACCUGCCUGAGCUGCCACUACGGCUGCCGCACCAAGCACAAGUCCAACAAGGGGAGGUUGAUGCGUUGCCUGCGCUGCCCGGUGGCGUACCACAUCGGCGACCCGUGUGUGGCCGCAGGCAGCGAGAUGAUCACCAACACGGCCAUCGUCUGCACCAACCACUUCAGCGCCAAGAAGGGCUACAGCCACCACAGUCACGUCAACGUCAGCUGGUGCUUCGUCUGCUCCAAAGGAGGGCAGCUGCUCUGCUGCGAGUCGUGUCCCGCUGCUUUUCACCCCGACUGCCUGAACAUCACGAUGCCCGACGGGAGCUGGUUCUGCAACGACUGCAGAGCCGGAAAGAAACCCAAGUAUAGGGACAUCAUCUGGGUCAAACUGGGAACAUACAGAUGGUGGCCGGCGGAGAUCUACCACCCGCGGAACAUUCCCACCAACAUCCAGCACCUUCGCCACGAGAUCGGAGAGUUCCCCGUCUUCUUCUUCGGCUCCAAGGAUUACUUCUGGACCCACCAGGGCCGGGUGUUUCCCUACAUGGAGGGAGACCGGGGCAGCAAGCACCAGAGGACGGGCAUCGGAAAAGUUUUCAAGAAUGCUCUGUUGGAGGCUGAAGCUCGAUUCAAGGAGAUAAAGAUCAAGCGAGAGGCGAAGGAAGCUCAAGAGAACAGCAGGAAACCGCCGCCGUACAAGUUCAUCAAGGUCAACAAACCCGUGGGCAGAGUUCAGGUCUACGCCGCCGACAUCUCCGAGAUCCCCAAGUGCAACUGCAAGCCGACGGACGAGCGGCCGUGUGGCUUCGAGUCCGAGUGUCUGAACCGCAUGCUGCAGUACGAGUGCCACCCGCAGGUGUGUCCCAACGGCGAGCGCUGCUGCAACCAGGACUUCACCAAGCGUCUGUACCCGGAGACCAAGAUCAUAAAGACGCCCGGCAAAGGCUGGGGCCUGGUCGCCCUGCGCGACAUCAAGAAGGGCGAGUUUGUGAACGAAUACAUCGGCGAGCUGAUCGACGAGGAGGAGUGCAGGGCGAGGAUCAAGUACGCCCAAGAGAACAACAUCACCGACUUCUACAUGCUCACCAUCGACAAGGACCGGAUCAUUGACGCGGGUCCGAAGGGAAACUACUCCCGCUUCAUGAACCACAGCUGUCAGCCCAACUGCGAGACGCAGAAGUGGACGGUGAACGGCGACACGCGGGUCGGCCUGUUCGCCGUCUGCGACAUCCCGGCGGGCACCGAGUUGACCUUCAACUACAACCUGGACUGCCUCGGCAACGAGAAGCUGGUCUGUCGCUGCGGCGCUCCGAACUGCAGCGGCUUCCUCGGCGAUCGUCCCAAGAACUCAAACGGCCCGGCGGCCGAGCCCAAAGGGAAGCGGCUGAAGAGGAAGUACAAGAAGAGGAAAACGGAGGGAAAGAAGAAGUCGGAGGACGAGUGUUUCCGCUGCGGAGACGGAGGUCAGCUGGUGCUCUGCGGCAAGAAGACCUGCACCAAAGCUUAUCACCUGUCCUGCCUCAACCUCACCAAGAGGCCGUUCGGCCGGUGGGACUGCCCCUGGCACCACUGUGACGUCUGCGGGAAGAACUCGGAGGCUUUCUGCCAACUCUGCCCCAACUCCUUCUGCAAGGCCCACCAGGAGGGGGCGCUGCGCCCGUGGCCCCCCACGGGACAGCUGUGCUGCCUGGAGCACGACGAGCUGGAGGCGACGGACAGCCAGGAACCGCCCGUCGACUUGGAGACGAUGGCGGCGGCGGCGGCGGCGACUGCUGCCGCCAGCGUCAGUCGUCCCACUAAAGGCUCCAGGAAGGCCGAAGGAGCCGAGGCCAAAACCAAGGGCUCCAAGAGGAAAGCAGCCGAGGCCUGAGGCCUCAAAGACCAAACUGAGACUCUGACACCUGCUUCUCCGCCGUUACAAACAAAUAUAAAAACCACGUAGAGAAAUACCUUCAAGAUCACACACACAAAAACCAAGGCACUGUAACUCUCCGUCGUCAGGGAAAGGCCGCUUAUGUGUCACGUGCUCGGCGACGACGACGACGACAACGACCUCCAGUUCGCCGCGCAAACUGUUCUCUCUCUCUCUCUUCUUCUUUUUAACCCGUCUGCACUGAGCGAGCAGGGUCAGGAAACACGGGACGGUGGAUUCUAACUCUCGUUCUUCCACCAACCAAAAAACGUUAUUUUUUUUAUUUUCAUCUUGUCGUCUUUUGUUUUCACUUUUAAACCAACGAAAGCAACCUGAACCAGCGGGAGGCGCCGCUGAGCAGCAGCAGCGCCGCCGCCGCCCUCAACACGGACGAUCUUGAACAGCAGAGUUUUUAUAGUUGUGUUUAUCAAAGACCAAAAUUAUGAUUACUGGAAUAGUUUAGAGACGUCAAGCAGGCUGCCAAAUGGAUUGUUUUAUUUUUUAUAUAUAUAUAUAAAUAUAGUAUAUAUAUAUAUAUAUAUAUAUAUAUAUAUAUAUAUAUAUAUGUGUCAGAUGUAAUAUCAAACGCCAAGACACUACGGAAACGGCCUCAGACGACGUCCCUGCUUCUCGUUUUCGUAGGUGACGUGUAACUGUAGACGUGCGUUUCUUUUGUUUUAGCUCAGUUUCACUUUUUUUUCCUUCAAGAUAUGAUUAUUUUUUUGUGUCAAGAUGCUGAACAUGGUGCUAGAGUCCGUUGACCUGCCUGCAUGUCCAGAGAACGAGGGCUCAGAGGUCGUAGUGGGGAAGAAACACCGAGUGCCGAAAACACUACUGCGACGUUUUCAAGGUUCUCGACGAGCGAAUCUGAUCAAUGAAGGAGCGACGGCGAUUCUCUUGAACCGUGUCUUUAUUUCCUCUUUAUUUCCUAAGCCGAGUGUUGGUGCUGACGUCAAGGUGCUGUUUGUUUUUCCACUGAAGUAUCUGAAGAACCACGGUACAAAGAUUCUCAUGUUUGUCGUCGUCAUGAUGAUGUGAAGGUCACCGGACGCUUCGUCGAGUCGCUCUACAGACGACAGACUUGAACGUGUUCUCUUAAUUCCUCAGGAGGUUUUCUUUUUUAAGUCUGUAACCUGCUUCCCGCUCGCCGUGAGUCAACGGCGCUCAGGCGAACGAAAAACCCGCUUAAUGUCUCAUCGCGUUUGCUUUUUUUUGUCUACCAGGAGGUUGAAAGACAAGUGGCACUUAACUCGUCCCCCCCCCUUGUUGCCACGGGCAGGUCAAAGUUCACGUUGCGUCCGAGCCGCAGUUCACUCGGCGCGUCGUGAAACAUAAAAACAGUUCCCGCUAACGUCCGACGAGUCGUGAUGACAACAACCGGGCGGGAUCUCGUGUUUUUCGCGAAAAGCCUUCGACCCGACGCGUUUCGUACGUCCGAGAUUUAUUGGACGUUUUAGCCGAAGAAAAUGACGACAAACAACGAUAAGACGGAACAAAAUAAUCAAGCGGCCACUUUGUCAUAUUUUCAGAUCCGUCUCGUCCGGACGCGAGCUCGUGUCCUCGUCGUUCCGCAGCUGUAAAGUGAGAAUCUCUGGUGUUUUGGGAAAAACAAGCACUUUUUUGGGGGAUUGUUUGCUUCUUUAUUUCACGUCAUGGAACGAGUCCAGGAAACGGCUCCGUUUUCUUUUCCUUUUUUUUCCCCUCGUGGGACUAAAAACUUUUUGACGUUAAUACAUCGCCGGUGAUUUUUUUUUUUUUAACUAUUUGAGCAGCUGAAAAGACACAUCUGAGUUUUGGCGACGCCCCUUUUCCCCCGUCGACGGUGAGACCUGUUCGAUCAUCGCUAACGGAAACGCGUAAGAGUUAGAUUUAAAGAAACUGGCUCCUUGUUUAAUUUGACUUUUUCCUUUUGAAUUUCACACGUCCAAUAUAAAUAUAUAUAUUCUUUUCCCAUCUUCCUCAGUCACCGUCUCGGCAAGAACAAUUCUUCGUGCGGGAUAUUUCACAACUUCAGUGUUGAACAUAACAUUCUCCUCAUUUUACAGAUUUAGUCCAGAUCCGUUACAGCGACGUGAAGAUGAGCGUAGUUUUAAAAUGGACCCGUACCGUCAACGUCAGGUCACUGAAUCUGUCAUAUUUAUACAUUAUGAACCGCUAUUAUCGCCAGUCUCUCUCUCUCUCUCUCCAUUGGUCGGUUAUGAGAUUGUUUCCCAGCAACACUGAGGCGACAGACAUUUCUUAUGUCUUUAAUUUCAGAUUUGACAUUGGCAAAAAAAUAUAAAAAUAACAUUGAUUCAUUUAACUUUUUUUUUCCCUUUCUGGUUAUAUUUACAUGUCUUAAAAAAUCUGGAUUAAACUUGUAAAGACACAACAAUAGGCUUUUUUGUUAUUUUUUUUAACUGCACCUUUUUGUUUUUAAAGCUUUUUCAUUUUUUUCUCUCCCCGGACGUGAACGGGACGUGCCGCAGGUUAUGAGUGUAUAUAUAUAUGUAUAAUAUAAAUAUAUAUAUAUAUAUAUACCUCCCGCGAUCUUCCUCCUAACCUUGAUUUGUGUUGAAUGUAGUCCAGCCAGUUCUUGUUAUUAUUAUUAUUUUUGGUAAGCACUGUAAUUCCCUGUAGAGCUGAAGUGUAACGUGUGCGUAGGGGUUCUUCAUUCUGUAACUACUGUCAUAGUAAAAACCAGAGACUAAUAUGUACAUAAUGUAUAAGUGGUAAUAGUGAUGCAUCUAUUGUAAAUAUCAUACAAUUUCUCUGACCUUGUAUGUUUUUGUUUUUUUCCUUGAUGCAGUGCUGAAAACACUUUUGUGCAGAUCUGACUGUUUGUUGAAUCGUGCAAUAAAAAGUGGUGGAACCUG